ACGAUGACAUAUUUCCACUUGACAUUCGUCCUAGAUGCAACCCGAUGUGUGUUUCAGAAGUAUCUAUACUUAUCUGAAGGAUUAAAAGUUCAUCCGUUGGAUACAUCGCCUUUUAAACAGACGACAAUAUGUUAUCGUCAACAAUGAAUACCUUAAAUAUCACUCAUAUAAACAGUUCACCAGGUUAUAACGAUUCUUUUGAAAUUUCAUCCACCCUCGAUCCAUACUUGAUUCUGAAGGAGUUAAAUGAUGAAGCGGCGUUACGAUUUCUACCCGUCACACUCUUCCUCGUUAUUCUGAUGGUCAUCGGAACAGCGGGCAAUGUCAUCGUGGGUAUCAUUUAUACAAAGAGAAGAAAGAAGACCACGUCGGAUUUCUUUAUUCUUAACCUUGCCUUUUUAGAUCUCCUAACCUGUGCUAUAGGAAUUCCGAUGGAAAUAGCAGAUCUCAGUUUUUCUUAUACGUUCGAUGCACCAGCAGCUUGUAAGAUCUUGAGAACCAUUGAGUCUUGGACCAGCAUGGCCUCGGCUUUGACAUUAGUGAUCAUUUCUAUAGACAGAUACAAACGGAUCUGUAAGUUUGGGGAUAAUUUUAGCAACAAAGCGGUGAAAAGGCUUUGCCUUCUUGCAUUGUUAGUUGGUGCCCUGCUGGCAUGGCCAGCGUUGAUAAUGGUUGGAAAGAAAACGAUAAACCUAGGAAUUCCGGGCGUCAAAGGAGCUGAUUGUUCAACUUCGGAUGAAAUGAAAAAGACUGUAUAUCCCCUGAUAUAUUACGGUGUUAUCAUGCUGUGCUUUAUUGUCUGUGUCGUUUUCGUCAUAUUUGUUUAUGUAAGGAUAUCAUUCUUCAUAAAGAGAGCUAAAACAGAGAGAAGGAAAGUGAUUGGACCAAACGAAGUAAGCAACACUACUCUUAGCCUGCAUCAAAUACCAUUAAUGAACGUCAAUAUCAACCAUUUCGAAAGUGUGCAUUCUACUCCGAGCAAUGAAGACGAUAUAAAUGGAACCGAACCUGCGCAUGCUCGGGUCACAAAACAGACUUCCGCAGUAAAGGUCACCAGAACAACCACCAUCUUUGUUGCCAUCACCAUCGCGUUUAUUGUGAGUUAUCUCCCUUUUUUGGCAGUCAUGAUUUUACGGAAUGUCGUAAAAGGUUUGGAGAAAGAUAUGUCACCAGUGGGAGAGGUUUUCUACAAAUUCUGCUUAAAAUCUUUCUUCAUCAAUAAUGCGAUAAACCCACUGAUUUACAGCUUCCUCUGUAGAAAGUUCAAACAAGACGUGAAAGCAAUGUUUAAGUGCGAACUUGUUAGGUAGAACCUCACUAAACACUGAAAACGAGGCACAAAAGAACUAUGUUCAUGAUGAAAGAGAAUAGAAAACUUUUAAAACUGAGUGUUUUCUCUCUAAGUCAUUCCUAGUAACUAUUAUUCUACAUAAACGUAUAUGUAGAAAAAAAAUGUCGCCUUUUGCGAUUUUUUUUUCAAAGAAGAGGUAUGUACAGGUUGUUCCCUUAAAAUUUAAUGUUCUUAAAAAGUUAUAAAAUUGGCUUUAAUGUAAGAGGAAUAGAUGAAUAUGAUAAAUCAUUAAAGAAUAUGGCAUGAUGGAUGACCAUUCUGGAAAUAUGACACCAUUAAUAUGGUUUUAUGCAGAAGAGCCUUAGAAUGACCCAUUUCUGUAAUUAUUUCGAUAAGUAGGUUUUACUGCAUGGGAUUUCAAUAAUUCAGAAACUUAAGGAUACUAGUAUAUGAAAUUUCUUUCAUAACUUUCUUAUUUUGUAUUUAAAAAAAAAAAAAACGGGCCAAAUUUGUAUUGACAUCGUACCUCGCUCUUUGCAGCGACCGACAGCAGUACAAUUAUAUGUAUCUGCGCGGGAAUCACACAACGACCAAGUUCCUUGUAAUUAAAGAUUCUUUAUUAUAGAAACUUUGAAGAAAUUUCUUUAGGUGAUGAUUGUACCAUUAGGCUUUGCAUUUAUUUUGUAGUAUUUGCCAUGGAAAUAAUUGCUAAACCUGACAAUAAAAUUACAUGAAAAUGUACUUCAUUCAUAACACUUAUAGAGUAAGUAAAAAAAUUAAAGUUCAAUAAAAAAAAAAUGUUAUCGAAAUCUUUUCCUCUAUAAAUCUGUUUUCAAAUAUUGUGCAUGUAAGUAUUAUAACAUUUAAAUUUAUUAUUUACCUCAUAUACGGCUUAUUUAUUGUAAAUUUUGUUGAGAUUGA